GGUGUGUUUGGCAAAUACAUCCUGAGUUAACAACAACAAAGUGAAAAUGAUGAAUAAAUCAUGCACAACUAUUGCAUGUCUUUGGCUUACGAGUUUCUUCAUUUUGAGUGUAGCUAUACCUAUGAGGCCCCAAUUGACCCCAGAUUUUUACAGCACAACAUGCCCUGAUCUUUGGAAUAUAGUUAGGAAUGAGGUUUUGAAUGCAAUGAAAGAUGAGAUUCGAAUAGCUGCUUCUUUGCUUCGCCUUCACUUUCAUGAUUGCUUUGUAAAUGGUUGUGAUGGUUCAAUUCUGCUAGAUGGAGACGAAGAUAGUGAGAAAUUUGCUACACCUAACUUGAAUUCUGCUAGAGGAUUUGAAGUGAUAGAUAAAAUAAAAAAUUCAGUGGAGCGUUCAUGUAGUGGAGUUGUGUCAUGUGCUGAUAUAUUAGCCAUAGCUGCCAGAGAUUCUGUUCUCCUAAGUGGGGGUCCUUUUUGGUACGUUAACCAAGGACGCAGAGAUGGAUUGGUCUCAAACAAGACUCUGGCAAAUCUUGCAAUUCCUUCUCCUUUUGACACACUAGAUACUAUUAUUUCUAAGUUUGACAACGUUGGUCUUAAUCUCAAAGAUCUUGUUACUUUAUCAGGUGCCCACACAAUUGGACGUGCAAGGUGCACAUUUUUUAGCAAUAGAUUAUUCAACUUCUCUGGAACAGAAGAACCAGACAGUACCUUAGAAACUGAAAUGCUAAUUGAAUUACAAAAUUUGUGUCCACAAAAUGAAGAUGGAAACACAACUACUGUUCUAGACUCUAACUCAGAUGAUUUGUUUGAUAAUCAUUACUUCAACAAUUUACAAUAUGGAAAGGGUCUUCUUAGUUCUGACCAGAUUCUAUUUUCUAGUGAUGAUGAUGAGACAACUUCAACUACUAAAAAUUUGGUCCAAUAUUAUAGUCAUAAUCAAAGAAUUUUCUUUAUGGAAUUUGCAUAUGCUAUGGCCAAAAUGGGGAAUAUUAAUCCACUUGUUGGUUUUGAGGGAGAGAUUAGGAAGGAUUGUAGAGUGGUUAAUUCUCAAUGAUGUAUUUUAUGGACAAAUACAAGAGCUAGGAAACAAAUGAAGCAUUGCAAAUACUUCUUCCAAUAAUUGGAUCAGUAAAAUAUAUCAACUUUUGUCGAUUAAA